AUGACAAAAUCCCAGGUGACGUGCAGGAAGACAAGGAAUAAGGGCACUGCUCGGAGCAAGUCAAUCAGGGUCCUGUCUGUAUUAAAGGAGAAGGAGCUCCCGUCCCUCCUUCCUUUGACGUCGAACCUACCCACCGAUUCUGUUCUUGGGCAUCUAUUAAUCCUACAUCAACACUUUCUCUAUAACGCCAACUCUCCUGGACUGGUUUCCGGGAAUAUUUCCUACUCGUCUCUAAUCGUACCCUCGCGCUCGAUACUCUACCAUCGAAUCACCAGUCGCUUGGAUUACCUCCCGCUAUUCACUCAAUACUCUCCUUACUUGACCUCGAUACUCUUCACCAGAGCUACCGAGUACUCAAACACAUACGGCUGCCUCGAAAAACCGAAAACGUCGCAAUUGCUGUCCUCCAACUACAAUCAAAAAAUGUUCAACCUCUCUGAAAACUCCAGCCUUCGUGGCUCGGGUCACUUGAUCCUCAACGUCUUCCGAGCGUUCAAUAUCAUCGGCCUCUUGGCUGUCAGCGCCGCCACCUGGACCAUGAUCGUCAUGUCCAUUCUCAAGGGCAACUUUGCCUUCUUCGAUUCGGCCUCCCGCUUCUUCACCUUCUGCUUCGCCAUUUUCCUCAUUGUCUCCGAGCUAAACGUCUUCCGCGCCUACUUCAUGCGCAACUGGCCGACCCUCUCCCCCGAGCAUGGCCUCAGCUGGCUGGGAAUCGCCAUGGUCGUCAUGGGCUGCCACAUUCUUGGGGGUAUCACGGUGCCCGCCUACUCUGUUGAGACUAUUGGUCUUCCUCUCUGGCGUCUCAUCCUCGCCUCGGGCAUUCUGGCCAUCACCUUUGGUUUCUUCAACAUCAUCUCGUCCAUUGUCUUCCGGGAUGGCAGCAACGGCAUCAACGCCCGCAACAUUCGCAGCGACGGCACCCUUGCCUCCGGCAAGAACUCGUACGCUGACGGAUACUCUGUCAGAAGCAACUCGAUCCGCAACGAGAAGCCAAACAACAAGUUCAAGCGCCUCACGCAGAAGUUCACUCCUUGGAGCAAAACCAACGACGAUACCAGCCCUCGUCCCAACAUCAGCCACCCUAUCACUCACGAUGUCGAGCAGGGCCACGAAUCAGAGCCUGACUACGAUGAAUCCCGCCGCAGCCCCAUCAUGCCCGAUAUCUCUCGUCCGGCUACUGCUCUGCACCCCGCCAUGGCUGGCCACCGUCAUACCAAGUACAGCCUGGCCAGCAACCAGCCUUGGUACUACAGAAUAUACAUCCCUAUUAGGCAGGGUGGAACGGCCAAUCGAUUAUCAGGCAUUAAACAGAAGUAG